AUGAUGUUGUUCUGCGGAACCUGGUGUGCUUGGAGGAGGGGAAGACGGAAGCGGGGUGGGGAGGAGACACCCCUUGACCGAGUACGGAGGGCAGUAUGGGGGAUGCUGUAUGCCGAUGAUGCUGGCGUCGUAUCGAGGUCUGCAGAAGGACUGGCGAGAAUGAUGACCAUCAUCGUUGAGGUGUUCGGGGAGUUCGGGCUAACGGUGUCGGAGAAGAAGACGGAGACGCUCCUGAUGCGCGCAAAGGACAAACCGACUACAACGUCACAGCCCGCCCCGCCUCCACCACUGACCAUCGAAGCCGCGGGACCGAAAUACGCUCAGACGACCGAGUUCCGGUACCUCGGUGGCCUCGACAACGAACAUGGCGACCUCACCCGGGAUAUCAACUACAGGAGAAGAAGGGCGUGGGCGUGCCUCAGGCGAUAUGGCCGGGAGCUCUUCGACAGACCGCAAGCGCCAUUCCGACUCAAGAUCCGCCUGCUCCAGGCGGAGGCGAUGNNA